GAUUCCCAAGUCUCCUUCCUCUUUACACCUCCCAUUUCCAAUCCCUUCAUUCUCCUCUCACAAACAUGUUUUUGUUCUUGAAAUUUCCCAUAGCCACAGAGAAAAAUUUCCCAUAGCCACAUCUCUGUCUACUUUCUUGUUGUCUGGUUGGUCUAUAUAGAUACUGUGUCAGAGAAGUCAGAAUCUGUUUCUGGGCAACUGGCCCCUCUGUGUCAGAAAACAAAAUCUCUCUUCAAUUCCCACACCCCAACUAGUUUUUCAUUUGUCCUCUGAUCCAUCCAAAAAAGGCAAAGCCUACGGCAGUUAGUUAUAUCUCUUAUCCAUCUCCAUAUCCCAAAAAGCAAAACCCUAGUUCAUCCCACAUGAAUUCUUCACACCUGAACCCUAGUAGUUCUCUGAAAUCCAGGUUCACCACUAGGUUCCUUCGGGCUCUGACUAGAAUAAAUGCUCGGAAACCCAUCUCACCAUCUUCUCCCAGAGAGAUCUUCCAACGUUAUCGAAGAAUUAAGGUUGCAGCUGACAAGUCCAUGGCGUCCUCGGUUAGGUCGAGGAGAACUUGGAGUAGGGCAACGCUUUGGAAGCUUCGAAGCCGGUCUUGUCUCCAAUUGGCAUCUUUAGGGCGCAGAAGAUCAGUCAAGACUAGUACUAUUACUUCUCGUCAAGCCAUCAUGAAAAAAACAAGUCAUGAAAUAGAAAACAAGACAACAACUGAGGAAGAUCAUCAGGAUAGGUUUGUGGGGCAAGCAGAUAAGCUAAGAGAGCUUGUUCCAGGUGGUGAAGCCAUGGAUUUAUGCAACUUGUUGGAUGAGACUGCACAUUACAUAAAGUGCCUUACCACCCAGGUACAGUUGAUGAGAAAAAUUGUCGAUUUCUACUCUCUCUGAGUAUAUAUAUAUAUUAAUAUAAAUCUAAGAGGAAGAUAUUGUUGAAAAAGGAAAUAUGGUUUAUACAUAGAUGAUUGUCCAUUUUCUUUAGGGAGCAGAUAUAUGGGCAGCUGAAAUAGUUUUUAAACACACGGUGAGUACUAAGUGAUGAAGACACUGCAUGCACAAUCUCUGUCAGAUACAUAUUGGGGUUUUUUUUUUUUUUAAUCUUUUUUAUAAACUGUUUGUAUAGUUGUUGAUAUUUCUAUUUUACAUAUAAUUUGGAGUCAUUUCCUGUUAAUUGAGGGUUUUUGUUUUCCUUGUU